CUUUGCCCUCGGAAUCGAUCAGUUUAUCUCCAGGCUGCUGUGUUAACAUCGUUACUGAUCUUCGUCCAGUCACCUUGAGAUUUGUCCAUCAUCAUCUCCAUCACCGCACUCUGAAGCCAUGCAAUAUAUGUACAAUAUGGACCUCAGGAUGAACCUCACCACCGAUCCCACUGCAGCCUCUCCAGAGCUGAACACGACCCCUAAACCCUUCAGUGUGUUUGAUGGAUGUGACCACAUGCUCGAAGCCGUCCUGUUCGACCUGGCUGUGCAAAGUUUCAACAUACUCAUAGGAUUUCCAGCCAACAUCCUGGUCAUCGCCAUCCUGAUCCGUAACCGCCAUGAACCCUCCACCUCCGACAUCUUCCUGGGCUGCCUGGCUUUCAUGGAUGCUUACUUCGGCCUCAUGGUCCCAAUAAGCUUCCUCAAUCUGUUCUACUGGAAAACCGUGAAAGGUUAUUCGGCUCUGAAGUUCUCCUACGGCGUGAAGGACACGAGCGGGCCGCUCUUCCUUUCCUGUAUCUGUCUGGAUCGCUUCGUUGCCGUGGUCUUUCCCAUCGCUUUCAGUCAGCUGAAGCACGUCAAGUACAGGAUCGGCCUGUCCGUGUUUGUGCUUUGCCUCACCUUCGCUUACGCGUCAGCUAAGACCAUCGGCGGCCUCCCUAACUUCGAGAAGAUCUUUACAGGGGAGAUCCUGACCACCUUUACCUGGAUGGUGAUCUGCAACUUAUCCAUUUUGUGGGCCCUGAAGCGCUCACGAGGUGCGGGGAAGGACGAGAUGCACCCCAUGAAGAAGAAGGCCUUCAAGAUGGUGCUCUCUAUUCUAUUCAUUAUCAUUUUUAACUACCUCCCUCUGGUGGCUCUGUUCCCCUUCCAGGAUCAUUACACACCCCUGGUCUUCUCCUGCUAUGUCCAGCCUGUGGGUUACGCCUUCCUGAACAUCAGCAGCAGCAUCCAGCCGCUCGUCUACCUCUCCCGCCUGGAGAAGAUCCCCUUCCUGUCCGAGUCUUUGGUGAACAAGCUCUGCUGUAAGAAAAAACCAGAGCAAUCUCCAGCUUAGUGCUUCAUGUCUCCACAAGACUCAGACUGGUCCAGAUUUAAAAAAUGUUCAAGAUUAUUUGCAUCAUAAAAGCGAUCAAAUAUAAAUAUAAUAAUUUGACACAAAUUCAAUGUUCAGCUGGGUUUAUUAUUUCUGCAAAAUUAUUGGCACCCUUCAUAAAACAUGAUUAAAUACGGCUAUAAUAAAACGUCAAUUUAUUUACUCGCUUCAUUUCGAGUUUAAAGCUUUUAAUCUGGUGUGAUUCAUUUGUGCAAAAUUAUUGGCACCUUUUCACUUGGAAAAUGUCUUAAUACACUUCUUCAUGAUGAACACUUCCAGAACUUCUAGAACAUGUGGAAUAGCAGGGGGUUUUUUAUAUCAGGGAAGAAAUUCCAGAUUCCGGAUCCAAUCGGGAUGUCGUCUUCAAAACACUGAUGGAAAAUGGUAUAAUAAUCGAAAACCAAUCUGGAAAUAAUUAAAAAUAAAUAAAUUAUUCUAAUGAAAAUGAU